UACCCCACCUUUACACUCAUUCAUCUCCUUCACUCCACCCCUCCUCUUGUCCCUCCUCUCCUUUCCCUCACUUCCAUCCCCAACGCCUCCACGCCCGUCCCGUGCGCUUCGCAAGCGACGCGUGCUUCCGGUCACGCACGCGCCGAGGCAAGGCAAUCCCUCCCCCUCCCCCUCCUCCCUCCAAAAAGUGCGCACCAUGUCUGCCCUUGCUCGUCGUCGUACACAUCUCAACCUGCUCGUCGUUCUGGCACUCGCCCUCGUGACAAGAACCGCCUCGGGUGCACUCGUCGCACGAUGGACCGCUCCAUCUGGUCCGAUCAACGACCCCAUCACCACAUGGAUCGACUCAGUGUCCGGCAUCCCGUUCUCUGCACCAGGCCUUGGCACUACUCCAGCCAUUCUCCGCAAUGUCUCCUUCCCAGGCUCAACAGUCAUCAGCGCGUUGCACUUUACAGGACCGGCGGCAUGCAACAAAAUGUUCAUGGUGCCGGGCGACAACCCGCUGGCCGGAAAGUCAGCCAUCACCUUUUCCAUCGUCUUUUCCACAAACACCGGCAACAACGGUCCGCCGCCGGCUCAGUGGCAUGCACGCGGACACAUCAUCUCCAACGAUGCCUGUGGAUACUGUGGCGAUUGGGGCAUGUCGAUGGGUGGCGGAUAUCUCGCCACUGGCAUCGGCCGCUCUGGAUCAGGUGAAAUGGAGUUUCGCUCAACAGACAUCCCGGCCUACCGUGUCGAUGACACCGCCGUCCACGUGGCGUCAUACUCGAUCAACCUCGACAACGGGGACGGCGGCUCCGACUAUAUUUUCAAGAUCGACAUGCUCAACGCUGCCUCGGUCUUCAACGACUCAUACGUCGGCAUCACAGACUCGGUUUGGAACGUGACCCUCGGUGGCAACGCCUUUACCGCCAUCGACACCUUUCGCUGCUUUGAAGGCCUCCUGUUCGGCGUCAUCAUGCACGACCACGCCUUGACCGAGCCCGAGCUCGACACGCUCCACUCAUCCGUGCUAGAUAUACUCCCUACGCCAUACCUGAGCGGCUCGCCAUUCUCGGCAUCGACGCCAAAGGCCGGUGGCAGCAAGCUUGUCACCAUCAGCAUCGUCAACAGUGCUGGACCAGGUGCCCAUGGCCCGCUCUCGCUUAUUCUGCAAGUUGUCGAUCCAGCCACAGGCGACCUGGUUGGCGCCCCGCAACCAGCCAUCCUCUCCGGAAACGGCAAUGCUGUAGUAGUCAUCCCCUCGCGCGUCGGCUACUUUGAAGUCGUGGCCUCGGUCAACCCCGCGUUUCCGCCGGCCGCAUUUGUGUACAAGCCCAACGGUACUAUCACCGGCAUGCACGCCAUCUUUGACUCGCUCCCGCUGACCAAGACAACGCCGGAAAACGCCCCAUUCACCUUUACUCUCAUUGGCGCCGCGCCGUCUGGCGAUCUUGUCAUCGACGCGUCCACCACUUGCGCCGGUCCACUGGCGUGGGCCCGGACGUCGGCCACCGAGUUCGAGGUCACUCUCCCGCCGCAGGACUACGAGGCCGCCUCAACCUGCUCGGUCUUUGUCCAGCACCACACCAUGCCCAACAUCCAAGAGCUGACCAUCGCCAUCACCGAUGUCAACGACCUGCCCACGGCUGCCGACGCCCAGCUUGUCUUCAAGUCGGAGGCGCAGUACGCAAGUGGCGUGGUCGACUUUGCGCUGCCGGGGGCAGACGUCGACGCCGGCUCGGUGCUGGUGUACUCGAUCACGAGCCUUCCUGCCAUCGCCGCCAUUGCGCUUCCCGGCACGACGACACCGCUCGACGAGGAAGACUUGCCCGUUGUGCUCCCUGGUAGCGUUGCGCCCAUCUUUCUCAAGCGCGGCAUCUACAACGACUCGUUUACAUGGGCAGUCGAUUCGUCCGGCGAUGGCGCUGCGGCUCGAGUGCGACUCCUAAUCGACGUGCCGUGCGACAACGGGCGGACGCCGACGAACGACGACGGCACUUGCAUCUGCCCCUCGGGCUUUUUCGUCAACAUCACCGAUGGGUGCGAGUCGUGCCGCGAGGGCACGUUCUACACAUACCAGGCCGUGGCCGAUCCGUGCGACCCUUGCCCGGUCGGCGGGUACUGCGCCGGAGGCCUGACAGUUCCGGUCCCCGACAACGGCUUUGGCUACGGCGAUGACAAGGCCAACUCAACCAACUUUGUGCCGUGCCGCCCGCCGGCGGUCUGCGUCCGCGGCGGCAACUGCCGCGCGGGCUCGAUCGGCUUCCUCUGCUCCGACUGCGUCCCCGGGUUCUACAAGGACAAGGGCCUGUGCGAGCCAUGCCCGUCGACGGCGCCGAUCCUCCUCACCGUUCUCUUUCUGCUCAUGGUUGCACUCGCGGUGCUUCUUGUCAAGCUCGCCCGCAAGUCGGCCGCCUACUUUACCGGCAUGGCUGUCGGCUUCAACUUUGUGCAGGUCCUCGCCAUCAUCGGCGAGUUUGACCUCAAGUGGCCCGGCUUUGUGCAGGCCACUUUUCGCGCGCUCUCGGUCUUUGCCUUCAACAUCAACGUCUUUCAGCCCGAAUGCGCCUUUGCCGGCGGUGCCGUCGACUACUUUCCCAUCUGGCUCUUCAAGCUCUCGAUCCCGUUCAUGUUUCUGGUCCUGUUUGGCGGCUUUCUCAUUUGCCUCACUCUCUACAAGCGAGUUCGCGCCUCGAUCUCCGAGGUGCAACACCCAUGGCUGGCCAAGCUCCCGCUCGUCACCCGCGCCACUGCCGUCCUUCUCCGCAACGCCUCGAUCAAUGCUUUUGUCACCGUCCUCAUGAUGUGCUACCUCGUCUUGCUCUCGGUCACCUUUGAGGUCUUCGAUUGCGUCUCGGGUGCCAUGGUCAAGGCGCCCGACGUCGUCUGCGGUUCGCGCGAGUGGCGCAAGUACCUGGCAGUCGGUCUCAGCGCCAUGGUCUUGUACGGCAUCGGCAUUCCGCUGCUCUUCUCCACCAUCCUGUACUGGCACCGCCUCUCUCUCUUCCAAGAGCUUACUAUUGUCAAGUUUGGCCUCCUCUACCGCCGCUAUCGCCCGCAGUGGUACGGGUGGGAGGUUAUUAUCCUCGCUCGCAAGCUCGGCGUUGUGGUCGGCAUUCUUGUCUUUAACUCGGUUCUGCCGCAAGCGCUCAUCGCCCUGUUUUCGCUCAUCGGCGGCCUCAUCGCACAGAUCCUGGUCAAGCCGUACCUCACCACCCGUGUCAACAAUCUGGAAAUCAUCCACCUGGCCUGCUCGGCCUUUGUUGUCGCCUGCGGCCUCAUCUUGUUCGGCACGUCCAAGUCGGGCGACGAGGCCGGAACCACCUUUGUGGGCGUUCUGGUUGUCCUUGUCAUUGCCGCCAACGUGUGUUUCAUCGGUUUGGUCGUCUUUCUAGAGCUCCGCUACCAGUAUCGCCGCAUCCAGCGUGGCGUGCAGGCCGGCUUUGCCUCGGAUGAGGUCGUCCUCGACGAGCGGUUCUUCAAGCUCGGCUUCCGGGUCCGGCACCACGAGCGCAAUCUGCUGGGUACGGUAUCAUCGCUUGCUCUCUCGUCGGCGCCCGGGAUCCAGCUCCGGGCCGAGCUGUGCGACGGCAACGGAGCGCUGCUCUCGGCCUUUGACGGGCGCUCAACAACUAUGGUGCAGACCGACGGCACGCUGCACAACAUUGUGAGUGUGUUUACCCGGGUCGGUCGCUUCCAACUCAAGAUCUUUGCCUGGAGCCUGGACGAGGAGAUGUACCUCGCCAACUCGGUGUAUGACGAGCACAAGAUCGCGUCGACCGCGUCCACGCCAGACCUGCUCAACGAGGCGCAGCCGAUGCCGGCGGCAACGGCCCAAGCCGACUCGCGCUCGCUCCUCGAUGUGCUGACGUGCCAGGAGCGGUCGACAAUCCGUAAGCCCAUCAUGUCGUACCACAUGAACUGCGAUGCGCCGCCGCAGGCUGUUGUCCAGUUUGCGCUUCGCUCGCCGCGAAUGGUGGACGAGUCUGGCGUUGUCCUCUACCCGCGCUUCUAUGAGCUCUCGCGGUUCAUCCCACACCAGUUCUCCAUCCGCGUCCCGCACGCGGUUGGCCUCGUUGUUGCCGCCUCGGAGCCACGGCUCCUUUCCGACGGCGUUGAGCUCCAACGCAACGACGAUGACGGGGGCAUCUUCUCGGGCUCGGUGGCGUUCACCGAUCCAGGCCCGGUCCAUGUCUGGGGCCAAUACCUCGUGCCAGCCGCGCAGGUCGGCGAAAACGAGCUGCCAUGCACGUUUGCCAAGCUCGUCUCGUACGAGGUUCUCGAAGGUCGGGUCGGCUGGGAAGACAUCGACAACGAGGACGCGCGCAUCAUUGACCGGCUGUGUGAGGGCAACAACGUCGAGAUGCACGCCGUUCUCGAGGCCGACCUCUCCACCACCGAUCCUCCCAUUCUCGCAGAGCUCUUCCACGCCAAGCGCGGCCUCCUCUAUCUGCCCAAGACCCAGUCGCUGCCGUUUGCCUCUGGCGGCGUACACCUCGAGCUCCGCCUGCCAUCUGCGGUCGACAUCCGACUUGCAGUCGAGCGACCGACUACCGAUGCCGACGGCGUGCCGUUUUUCCGCCGUGCUGACGGCGUCCAGAUUGCCGACGCCACGUGGGAACAGCUCGGCGGCGUCCAGUCCGGUACUGCCGUCUGCGUCUGGGCCGCCUUUGCCGAUCUCGUCGGCUAUGCCGACUCACCAAGUCCCCGUGCGCCCGAGCCCCCCGCAUGGGCCUUGCCAUCCUCGAAGGCGCCAACACUUCGCAAGACUCGCUGCUGGCGCCGGCGCUCGACCCGCCCGCACCUGCGGCUGCAGAUGCGCCUGCCCCCGUGCUCCCGCCCGCGUCGGUCCCCGAGACGCGCUCCCGGCACGCCUCGUCGCAAGUCUUUGGCUCAUCCAAGCCCGAAAUUUCCGGCUAUGUCGAGAUGAUCCGGUUCCGCGUGGUGUAGCCCGACACAGAAAGUGGAAACGCCGCGUGCGCCGAGCUCGAGACCAGCCGGGCGCCGGUGCAGACUCGGCAGCCGAGCAGAGAGAGAAG